GAAGCACCGCCACAUACCACCACCAAUACCGCCACGACUAUCAGCAGCAGUUGCUGUAUUAGAAGCACAGAGCAGUUUCAAAAUGGCGGCCAGGAAUGUAAGAACGGGCCAACAGCAGCUGCCGUCGACGUCUUUCGAUCCGGCGGAGAAAUUACAGCAGUCUAACACAUUGAAGCGUCAUCCAAAGAUGGAUUUGAACAAAACAGACCUGCUGAGACUGUUGAGCUACUUAGAAGGAGAGUUGCAAGCCCGUGACGUUGUCAUAGCAACACUGAAGGCAGAGAAAGCCAAACAGCUGCUGUACCAGGCAAAGUACGGCCGGUUCGGACUGGGCGACCCAUUUGUAGCCCUGCAACGCGACUCGGAUAACAUGAAGGACCACAGCUUUGAUGAGGCAGCCAUCAAAUGCAUGUACGACAACCAACUAGCUCAGUUGGAGAAUUUGAUUGCCACACAGAGGAGGGCACAGUUAAAGAUGCGAGAACAACUGGCUCAGGUAGAAAAACGGUAUCAUAAGGUGCUCAGUGAACUGGAGGAGGAGAAGCAGAAACAUGCGCAAGACACGGCUCAGGGUGAUGAUGUCACAUAUAUGUUGGAGAAGGAGCGAGAAAGAUUGAAGCAGGAGGUUGAGUUUGAAAAAAACCAAAGCCGCCGAAUGGAGAAAGACCUCAAAAAGACGCUGGCCAACUUGGAAGAAGAGCGGGAGAAUUCGGCGAAACACAAGCAGGUGGCGCUGAUGCUGAUUCGAGAACGGCGCAAGCUGGUCGAACGGAUCCUGCAGGAGAAGCGAAAGUGCAGCGAGAUGGAACACAUCAUGAAUGACGAAAAGGACAAGAUGAUGAGCAUGGCGGAAGGCCUCGUUCAGGAGAGCAAGAAAUCGCUGAAGAUCGAGGCUGCCAUGGAGAAGCAGCUGAGCGACUUCGAC